GCAUUUGGUGCGGUGCCGGUGCCCUUCACGGCAAACCGGUCGACCAACAUUUAACCGCUCAUUGUUUGGGGUUAGGCCAAAUGAUGACCUAAAAUAAAGGUUUCAGGAAUCUAAUUGAACAGAAGUUGCAUCCGUUGAAGUGAAAAUGGUGAAGUUUGAAGACUUGAUGAGUCCGAUGACCUUUAACCUCAUCAUGAGCAUGGGGGCCGGUGUCUUGCUCGGCUGGUUGCUGAAAGGCAAAUAUGGCCGGCAAGUCAUGCUGCAGGACCAACAGGCAGCUGAGACAGCAGCGUCGGGUGAUAAUGUUAGCGUCAUGGGGGAGACGGGUGAAUAUAAAUUGGUUCUGGUUGUCAGGACGGAUUUGAAAAUGGGUAAAGGAAAAGUUGCUGCACAGUGCAGCCAUGCUGCCGUGUCCUGCUACAAGCAGGCAGCGAGGCGCCAACCCGAUAUGCUGAAGGAGUGGGAGAACUAUGGACAGCCCAAAGUGGUAGUCAAGGCACCAGAUGAGGAAGUAUUGAUUGAACUUGCCUUGAAAGCCCGCAGUUUAGGCCUGACCACAGCAGUCAUACAAGACGCAGGCAGGACACAAAUUGCCCCAGGAUCUAGGACAGUACUAGGUGUUGGACCAGGACCGGCCUCGUUAGUAGACGAAGUGACAGGGGAAUUGAAACUUUAUUGAUGUUUGCCGUACACAACCCAGCUGUAACAGUGGUUGCAAUGGAAAUUGUCUUCCUAAUGAGUAGGUGUCAAAGAUCAGCUCUGCAUCGGGAACAUGGCACCAGCGGGCACUAGUGAACAUUCAGACCGAAGCCUGCUGACUGCAGGAAUGAUGGUCCUCGGUCUGAAGUCCUCGGACAUGUUACUCUGAAAUUCCGGUGGCAUAACCCACAACAUAGAGGACCAGUCCUGUUUAAUAGUGCUUCCCAGAUGGUUGUGAUUUGCCGUCAUCAUUUGAACACUAAAAGACCUGUGCUUCAUGUGGAUCAGCCCAUGUACAUGUACUCUGAUUAACUUGGAGUGAAGCUGUUGGAUAACUUGUACUCAUUUUUUUCACUCAUUUCUAAAACCAUUUACAUUAAAACAGAUGAACUAAAAGUUCCUUUCCUAAACACAUUUACCAUUCUUUACAUUGAGUCCAGUUACAGCCUGCAUGCUACUCCAUACACUCAAGAGGUUUGGGAGUGCUCAAGUGUUAAGAGCAUAAAACACUAUCAAGGAAAUAACUGUUGAAAAAAAAACCAACCUAUUGGCCCCCCUGCAGUGUCCCAGCAGUGCAAGUAGACGAGGAACUGAGAGUGGCAAAUUGGCCGAGAUUUGAAAAUCAAGCUUGGGACGCCGACAGAGGCAAAGUCAAAAUAAAAAUGGAUUUAAAUGAAAUUCAAACUUUUAGUUUCAAAUUUAGUGGGGCGACAGAACAGAAAAACUUGGGGUUUGGAAGAUAUAAUUUCUAAAAGAUAUCGUGAGCAAAAUAGAAAUAUACUUGAUGUAGAACUUUAUAUGGUAACCAAAUGAAAGCCUUUGUGCCAAUUAUGGUAAUAAACAAAAAUCAGUGAUCCCUG